ACCCUAAAAAAAAACUACCAAGAACUAAGUACCUACCUAGUGCAAAAUUGCAAUAACGUGCAUUGUUUUUGUAAUAUUUGAAGCACCACGAGAUUAUUGUAUUCGUAUGUACUAUGUAGCUAAGUACUACCCAGUGAUUCUGUGGUUAUUUCUUUUCCAAGAAUUAAAUGUGAAAAGUGCAAGUAUCCAGUAACAAAACUUUACAAAUAAGUUUCAAUAUAAAUACUCGUUCUCCAUCGAAAAGUGUUCAGCGAGCAGCCAUGUUUAAACUAGAGAACAGCCCUGAUAGCGUUGACCAGGAAUUAGACUCGGAUCUCUUAGCAGUGGACCCGUCCUAUAACCCGAAAGUCUUGGACGAUUUAUUUUACAAUGAGCCGUGCAUCAUCGAAAGUUUGUCGGAUACGCUGAGUCGCCAGACGUCGUUUCCGGUAUCGCCGAUCGGCCCCCCGGACCGAUACCCGUUGAACAAUGAGUCGCAGUUCGUCGUGCAAAUCAACAGUUCCGAAGUCAAGCGGAAGAAAUACCUUUAUUCCCACAAAUUGAACCGUAUCUACGUGGACAUUGAGACUUGUUUCUGCAUCGAGUUCAAUUGGAACCAGAAGAUGUUCACGCACAGCGGGCCGAUGUAUGUGCGCUCGGUCGUGGUGUUCUCCGACAUGGCGCAGGCUCAGAAGAGGGUCGAGGUGUGUGUGCAACAUUACCACACGGCGAAGUCUGCCGGCAAACCUGACCUGGAAGCGAAGAACGUGCUGCUGUCGGCCCGCUCGGGCACGGACGGCGUGUACUACUGCGGCGUGCCCGAGCGGCCCGACUCCUGGCUGUCGGUGCUGGUGGAGUUCAACAAGACCUCGGACGAGCCAUGUCUGCACGCGUACCAGUUUGUCUGCAAGAACUCUUGCUCCACCGGCAUCAACCGCCGCUCCAUCGAGAUCAUCUUCACUCUUGAAGACAAGAGCGGCAAGGUAUUCGGCCGGCAGACGGUGGGGGCGCGCGUGUGCGCAUGUCCCAACCGCGACCUGAGCAAGGACGAGAAGGACGCGCCCGCCGCCGGCCCGCCGACCAAGAAGCGCCGCUGCGAGCCCGCGCGCGACCCCCCGCACCACGCCGCGCACCACGCCCCGCAACACGCCGCGCAACACGCCGCGCAACACGCCGCGCAACACGCCGCGCACGAACACCUGCCGCUACUGCCCGCGCUACCGGUGGUUGACAAACACAUCCUGGAGACCGGGCUGUUGAUGAUCCUCCGCAUGACGGAGCAGGCCGCGGCCGACCGGAGCGGCGAUCCGCAAGCCGUCGCCAACUGUAAAAAAUCUAUCGCCGCCUUCGAGAAAUAUCUCGCGGACAUGAAACCGCCGCCAUCUUGAAUUUAUUUGGACCUAUUUAAAAAUAAUUAUGAAUGUACCCUUUUUUAUAUAAUUUUUACGAAAAAAAUUUCUUUUUUUUUAUAUAAUGAAUACUUACUACUUACAUUUUUUUUUUGUCGAACGUGUUUUUAUUUUUGUGAAUACCGUUCGCUAUAAAUUAUGGCGGUGUUAGACAUUAUAAGAGAAUUAGUAAUGCGCCAUUUUAUAAUAAAUGGUAUUGUAGUAAGUGUU